AUCACUCGAAUAGCAGAGGCGGCGGAGUAUGAUGAAUAUCAUGACCCUUGUAACCAGGCGUACUGCAUAGGAUCCGAUCUGGUUGCUGGGGUUGAGAUUGGGAUUGCUCACAAUCACAUGGCCCAAGACGACUCCAGAACCAGUAGCCUUAACGAAGCCGGUUCAACCUCCAAGGGUUGUGGUGGUGCUGAUGAUGCUGUUCAUCAAGAAGAGCAGGAAGAGCAUGAAGGCAGCUGGCUUCAAUUGGGUAUUGGCGGUGGCGGCGGUCGAACGGACCACCGUAAUACGCUACAGGAUCCUCUCGAACACACCAGAACUAGACGACCCGGAUUGUUCGACCUUGAUCUAAAACCCCCGGGAGGUGGCGCUACUGCUGGUGGUGGUGGCUUUACGAGUCUGACCGAAUUCCGAGCUCCCCUUUCUCCUCCUACCACAGAAAGAACACCACCACUUCAACCUCCAUUUUUCUUCCAACAGCAACACCACCCAAGGGCUACAACUAGCUUAACUAGAUUAAUCUUUCCUCAUGAUCAGCGAGAGUUCGCUUGGGGAUAUAAUAGGCCUAACCCUAACUUUCCAUGGAUUCAAUCACCUCCUUCUCCUUCUUCUUCUUCUUCUUCAAUGCUUCCUGGGCCUUAUUAUGCACGACUCUUUCAACACCCCGGCAGCAGCAGCAGCGGCGGCGUAGAUGUGGCCGGUCCCAGCUCGAGCUUCUCCUCCGACGUCGUCGUCCGAGUCAUAGAUGCUCCUCCUAGGCCACAUUCCGGUGUUUGGUUUGUACUUGAAGCAUCUCCAACUCAAGCAAAAGAACCCUUUUUGCCUCAGAUACCCAAGAGCUUCCUCAGAAUCAAGGAUGGAAGAAUGACAGUUCUUUUGUUGAUGAAAUAUCUGGUUAACAAGCUGAGAUUGGAUAGCGAAUCAGAGGUAGAAAUAAGAUGUAGAGGGCAACAGCUGCCACCAUUGUUGACGUUACAACACGUGAGGGAUAACAUAUGGAGUACUUCUUCUUCUUCUUCAAGAAGGGAUGCCAUGACUUUGCUUCCGGACUCCUCUUCCUCCUCCUCUACCACAGAUCACUUUGUAAUGAUUCUGCACUACGGUAGGACCGCUUAA